AUGGCAUCAACACAGCCCUCCACAUCCACCAAGAAGGUGUCGAGUGAAGACAUCAUCUCGCAAAAGGUAAUUCUCACCCGCAGCACGAUCCUCGCUCUGGCAGACUUUGUUGACGCUUGCUCCCGUUUCCGCUCACAGACGGACCUCUGCAUCAGCAAUGCGGUAGUCAAGACCGGAAUCGGCUUCUCGGCCGGUGUUGUGCUUUCGGUGUUGCUCUUCCGACGACGUGCAUUCCCCGUCUGGCUCGGAACCGGCUUUGGUCUGGGCUCUGCAUACACGGACUGCGAGCGCUCGUUCAACCCUGUCGCUGUUCCCGGUGUGCGCGUGGUUCCCUCAUCGAGCUCCGCCAACGUUUCGGCCACUAGCUCUUCGCCACAGACGACGUUUGAGAAGCUGCAACAAAAGGCAGGCGAGGCAUUCGCGGCUGCCAAGGACAAGACUGCACAGGGCAUCGACAAGGCACAGGAGAAGGGCGCCCAGGUGACCGACAAGGUCGAACAGAAGGGCAGCCAGGCCAUCGACGCCGCCAAGGCCGAGGCAAAGAAGAUCGAGGACAAGCAUGCCAAUCUGCGAAUCUACACCCAAUUCAACAUGCGCAUACCGUAUCUUUCGCGUCCAGUCGCUCCGAGUCAAGCCAGGACCGUGGGUGUCCUGUGCGCUGCCAAGCGGUACGCUAUCCAUUCGUCACUCGAGCCGAACCGCCUGCCCGGGUCCGACUGCCUGGCAUGUCGACUGACCGGCUUUGCGGCGAUGAGCGGUCUGGGCGCCUACUCGUUUGUCGAGGCAUAUCGAAUGGGCACCUUGCGGCGCUCGCCGCUGCCGGCCGGUGUCAAGGCGCGCCCGACGGGCGGCGCACAGCCGGUGCAGAGUGGAUUCGCGGGGGAUCGGUCUGGCACAGAUCCGAGGCGCCGCAUUGGCACCGAGGCGAACCCGGCGACGAUCGUCAAACACGUCAAGACGCCCACCUACCGCCGUCAACUCGAGUACUCGCACGUUCUUGGCAUCAUUACCAAUGCGGGCCCGUCCUUGCUUUCUUCCGUACGUGUCCCUCUUUUGCUCAGGGCCACUCUCAGCCUUUCCUCCCCGCCGUCGACGUCGCCGCUGCCGCCGCCGCCGAUCAUGAUCUCGAAAAUGAAGCCCCGCGAGCACUGGGGCCGGGACGAUUCGCAUACGAUGCACAAGGACGACUCGUCGAUGGUGCGCCUCACCCUCCAGCUCAUGCAGCAGAACCGUCCGCAGGUGAUGGUCAACGUUGCGCUCGCUGUCAUCUUCCUCGUGGACUUUUGGAUGUCGGUCUUCAACAUGUUCCACCGUCUGCUCAUCAAGCUCCACAUCAUCGCUCCGCUGCCGGACAACUGCGUGCCUCCUGCGUUCUCGCCCACGAGCCCGCCACCGUUUGCGCAGUGGCCACUGACGCACCUCUUUUGCCGCGGCGUGCACGUGUACAACUUCUUGACCGGCUACAACGAAGAGCUGCGUCUACACCACGACCUGUACUGUCGCAAGCCCAAAAACGAAUGGAUCCGUGAUUGGGCGUAUUGGGAAGGCAUCGGUAGCCAGGGUGAGUGGGGCACACCCUUUGCUGCUGCCGAUAGCGACAGUCGAUGCCCCUGUCCCGGUCUCAACAUCCUCGCCACGCAUGGCAUCAUCCACACCUCGGGUCGAAAGGUGGCUGCAUCCAAGAUGGUCGUGGGCCUCUCGAGGGCGUUCAAUAUUGCGCCGACGAUGGCGUUGCAGCUCUACUCGCCGCUCUUCCCCGUGUUUAGCGCGCGUGGCCACAUCUUUGACCUCGAGGACCUUAGCAUCAUGAACGUCAUCGAACACGACGCCAGCCUGCUCCGCCCAGACUUCCACCUGGCCGACUGGAAGAAGGAUCCCAAAGCCAUGUGCCGGCCUCAUCAGGACAUGAUCGACCGCUGGUUCCCUGCGCGCCUCAAGCACGGUCAGCUCAAGGACGACAUGACCGACCGCGAUUUCGCCGAGGCACUCUGCAUCCGUCGCAACGAAUCGAAGAAACGCAACCGACAGUACACCUCCAACGUGGUGCAGAGCCUGAUCGGCUCCGGAAGCUGUUGUUUGAUGCUCAACGUCUUUGGCGGCAAGGUGCUCGAUCUGCGCGAGAUGGCCGGAAGCGUCAACAGGGAUCUGCCGGGCGUGAGGCAGACCGAGCAUGGCGAACAGUACGGAUACGAACGCAUCCCCGCCCGCACCAUCAAGGGCGAAAAGGCCCAAGGUUGUCCUAUGGCAGCUGCUUCGCACCAGCAGAAGUGGCAGCCGGCCACCGCAAAGAGGUUCUUUGGCAUGACCAUCUUCGAGGCUCUCUGGACCACGUUCAACAUCGAGAUGCGCGCAAGAGCCUGA